AUGUAGAUUGAUCAAGAAACUUUAAAUUAAUUAUUUAAAGAAUUAUUUAAUUUAGAUCAGUUACCAACUAAAGAUAGUUAAGAGUUAACAGAUCAAUAUGAAUAUUAUGAUAUAACAGAAAGAAAGUUUCUAAAAUUAUUUAAUAAUAAAUAAUUGAAUAAUGAAAACGAAGUUAAGUAUGCUUUAAUUAUGAUUUAAUAGAUUAUUACAUCGAUUUAUUGCCAGACUUGCUGAAGCUUAUUAAGUUUUGUUGGCUAAGAAAUCUAUAUUUAGAUCAAAAGCAUCAACAUUUUAACCAACCAUUUAUAAUUGUUUAUCUAAUAUGUAUGAUGGGAAAUAAGGAGUUUUUAUAUAGCUUAUAUAAUCGAUAUUCACUGAAUGUAAAUUACAACUAGAAAUUGCAAAUAGAAAGUUAACUAAUAAUGAUAUAGUUAAAAGAGUGAGUAUUAUAUUUUUACAUUAUAAAGAUUCAUAGUUAAGAUUAAGACUCCUAAAAUAAUGAAUCAUUAUAAUAAUAAUAAUAAUCUAUAACUUAAUUAUUAUUCCAAAGAAAGAGUACUUAACCUGAAUGGUAAGUCAACAUAAAUAAUAAUAAGAACCUUAGUCAAUAUUUCAAAAAAACUCAUUUCAAGCUUUAUGAUUUACUUUCUAUAGACAAGUAAUUUAUUCUAUUAUAAUUAGAGCAUAGGAUGAUUAAAUUCUUUAUUUUCAAACUAGAGAAUAAAAUAUGGAUAAAUUAUAUUAAUAAUUGAUGUAAUAGAAUACUCAUAUCAAGAAAUCUUUAAAUUGGGCUAUAGAUUUAGAUAUCAAUCAACUUUAAUAACACUUAUAAUUAAUGCAAAUUAAAUCAAAUUCUACUACCAUCCCUAAUAUUUAAUUUACACCUCUUGAUAUAAUUAAAACAGAUUAAAUUGAUGGCCAGAAGACUGUAAGUUCAUUUUUCUCAUAAAACGAACAGUAUAAAAUAAGAAGUUUCUCAUAAAAUUCUAAAAUCAAAGAUCUCUACUCAUUUAGUGAAAAAAUAAAUAUCUUUCAUCCAAACUAUUAAGAUUCCAUUAAAUAUAAGAUAUUUUAAUCACGAUAAGAUAAUCCAAAAUAAUAAAAAAGAAAAUUAGCAUAAUAGUAGAUAAUUAAAUAAUCUCCAGUCGUAAAUAUGUUAACUAGAAAAAUGAUUUUUGACGCAUAACCUUAAAAUUCAAAAAAAAAAACUAAAUCCUUUAGAUUUAAAAAUUGA